GCAUCUCUACCAGUUUUCCCCUUGACUUGGACGAGGAAGCCGCCGAGGUCAACACCGAAAUAUUGAUUGUGAUCAACUGCGCAGUCAGGUUUGUCUGUCUCUUGGAGUUUUUCCUCGAGUUCGUCGUUGACGCCUUGCUCGACAUUCGGGACAAGCUGCUCGAGCUAUACAGCCAAAGUUCCACCGGCCUUCGGAUCCUCUUCUGGGUCAUUCUCAACUGUAUCUCGGUGUACAAACGGUAUUUAGACGAGUGUUGAGAGACAUCCAGGCUUGGCAUAGUGACAAGAGCCUAGUAUUUGUGGAAGGUAUGUCUCAUGUCGCCUUUGUCGAUCCAACAAAGCCUUGCACGACGAGCUGGUCGAGCGUUCCCAUUCAUACAACAAAGGGGCGCACGACAAUCAGCGCCUUGUUCUUGCAUCUCAAUCAUGAGAAAAACAGCUUGUGUUCCAUGGCGAACAUCCGAGUCAUUCUUGGUACCAAGCGAUUAUAAGUGCACAUAUUUGACAAGCCCUCACUCCACAAGCAGCAACUUGAUUUCUUACAGACAACCAAACCAGGCCCUCCCAAACACACACAACAUGGAGGAAGAUCUUCCGUACGACCCUCCCCAAAUUGACGCGGUCCUGACCCUGCACUGGCAGAAUUACCAGUACAGUGGUCAUAUUGCCCGAUACUUCUAUGCCCUUCUCAUCCGAAAGACUCGCGAGCUCUACCGCGCGAGUCACGUCCCCAUCAACCAGGCCACCGAUGCGCCAAAAGGAAAUGUCUUUUUCCGCUUGCCCUUCAUUCGUAUGGUGCCCUGGAUUCUCCUUACUCUGUUCUCCACUACCUUCAUCAUCAUCUCAGAGCACAUUGUCAUGCCCAUUCUGGGUGUCUUCAGCGAGGUGCCCUUGCUCAUCUGGCCCUUCCUUUCUGGCCUCUUCGCCUCUCUGUCCACUGUCAGCCAUGCACAUGCAGUUAUCCUGACCAUGUUCGUUAUUGUGGUGCUAGACACUUGUAUGACGAGGACGACCAUCGCGGGCCAGUUUCGUGCAGGUGGCCUGACGCUGUUCACCAGCAUGUGCAUACGGACCUUUAUCACCUACAAUUGGUCCAUUAUUCGCAGGAGCAUGCCCUUGAUCUUUUUGUUCCACAGAUUGCGACUCCAUUACGCGCUUUGGUACUUUGACCAGAUCGCAUGUAGGAUCUGGGAUAUAGCGAGCGGUGAUGGCGAAGAGCUUUUCGACAACGUAUCGCUCUAUCUCGAUCCUCCGAGCCCCUUUGAGAGCCCUUCACCUUCUUCCGUCUCGUCUUUUUCUCCAGAACGGUACAGUCCUCCACGGAGAGCUCGGCGUUGGUCUGGCGCCUGCCCCCCCUCUCCCUCACUCACCGAAGUUCGUUCACAGUACAGUCCCCCCGUUGUGGACCAUAGGUCCCGUCCUCGCAUCCACUUUGAUGCUACGGCGGAUCCUCCGACCGAUAGGAAAAGGCCAUACCGCCUGACCGUCAGGACCACCCCGCAAGCCCCGAAGCAACGUGCGUCUUGCGGGCCUCCCAGGUCUUGUGCUCAGAUGAGUCCGGCCGAUCCGUCCGUGGAAUUUAGUAGGGUGAUUCAUUGGUUGCGGGAUGAGCUGAGCGAGAAAGGAACGUGAAUUUGAGAGCAAGUCGCAAGAUCACGGAAUCUAUCAAAAAGACUUGGACUCCAACCCAGCUCUUGCGAUGGUAUCCUCAACGCCACGAGAUACUAUCUUGGUUUGGUUAUAGGAUACAGGGGGGAAUUCCCUUGUAGGUCGUUGUUACAGUCGUCUUUAGAUUAUAUUUGUAUUGAGUGGAAUUUUUUAGACACAUGGUGAGUUUUUACCGAGACCACAUUCCCUUUUUUUCAAUUAGACGUACAUUAUGACAGGGUUCCCCCGGCCAGCAAAACAGUACAAAAGAAGCAUACAGCGAUGUAACAGUCCAGGAGAAGUAUUUUAGAAUGUAGCCGUUGAUAGCAGGUCAAAGACUAGGAGAUUGAC